AUGUCAAAUUGUGUAACUAGACAGCCACUUCAAUUUCCAUUGAUAGUACCAAUAGAGUCCAACACUGUGACAGAACUCCAUAGUUCAGAUACCAAACUAGAUAAAUUAGCUCAAAAAAGGCUCGUUCGAGUGAUAUCGCAUCCAAAUCCAUCUAGCCUUUCGGUACCAAAUGUUUAUAAACCAACCCAGCUCAAUCUACAACGGCCGUAUCAUGGUAAGCCAUUUCAAAACAAUAGUCAGCAAGCAGAGUGUGUAUCUUUUUCACCAAGCCAUACAGACCCUCCACAUCGUCAUGUAUCUACAACGCGCCAAAUGCACUUGAAUUUUGCAGCCAAAUCAAAUACUCCUAGACAAGAUUCAAACCAACAUUUACACACUGUAUUACGCAUCAGCCCAAUUGAACAAACGUCAAUACCUCACACACUUGAGUCACGUAGGGUGUCAAGCCUUUUCACUCAUUUAAUUGAAUCCAUCCCACAAUCUGAGCGAGAAGAACUAAAGCGACGUGUUGGGAUUCCACUUAUCAUGAAAACGGACGAUCUCUACACCGAGUUGAAUACUUUAGAAAGCAUUUACCACGACUAUGCAACCGAAACUGAAUCAGUACGUAUUGAUCCUAAAGAAUCGGUGCUUCAGCAACGGAUAUUGAUGAUCAUUCAUCGUAUGCGAUUGAAUAUGGGACUGAAUUCGUCCAGUAGAUCUGGUAGUCGUCAACAUCAAGUACGGUCCAUAUCUACAUCACCAUGUCUAUCCACCGACCAGGAGUUUGAUGAAUUAGUGGAAACCAUCCGUGAGGCACUUGAACAAGAGCAACAGGAUUUAAUCGAUUCUUUGGAUCGUAUAUAUAUGCAAAUCGAUAUGGAACGAAGUGUACGAGAAACAACCAUGCAAAUGGGACUUUGUAAAAACAAAUCAAUGUUUGAACUCAAAAACAAUGUCGAUGCUGUCGAGGCAAAACAUCUUGAAUUGGAUACCCACCUUUCCGUAAUUCCAAUCAGUGAUACCAAGUUACCAAUCAAGUGGAUAAAGAAGCGAAAAGAUACCCAAUCAAACCCUCUCCAAGACAAUGAUCAACCUAUGUUUCGGUGCAAUAGUGACCAAAACUCAAGUUUCCAAUCCAAACCAGAUACAUCCAUUGAAGUGCUGGAUUUGUUGGACGAAAUGGAAAAAUUAGAAUCUGCAUUUGUAUUACCAACCCUACCGUAUGUGACACCUAUCACUACGGAUCCAACAAAACAGUUUCAAUCGUGUAAUCCAGCAUUGAAAUCCGUAUCAGAUGGUUCAUCGUCUUUGGUAUCUGACCUGACAAGUCAUCCAUCAAUUGGGUUGCAUCUUGGCGAGUCUUGUUCACAACAUCAAAAAUCGAUUUCAAAUAUCGAUCAACUAGCUAGUAAUCUCCCACUUGAGCAAAAACAGUUUGGAAACCAUUCACAGUUGUUAUCCACACAUGGAUCGCCUUUAAAGCCAGCCCCUCCACCCUUACCAAAACCUCCAGCUCACCCAAUGCAUCAUAUUAGUCCCUCAAGGCGAAAUAUGAUACGUCCACAAGCACCCACAUCUUUAACAAAAACACAUUAA